AUGUUAAAAAGCGGUUCGAUGGAUCCAACUGAUUUUCUUUCGGAAGCCCAAAUCAUGAAAAAAUUUAGGCAUCCUAAAUUACUUCAAUUAUUUGCCGUAUGUACAAAAGAUGAACCAAUGCUUAUUAUCACGGAACUGCUACACGAAAAUCUACUUCAUUUUUUACAAGUUGCAUCGACAUUUUAUAUAUUUUUCUUCUCAAAUCAUAUAUUUAAGGGUCGAGGUCGAACUUGUUUAAUGACACAACUUGUUGAUAUAGCUGCUCAAAUUGCAUCUGGUAUGGCCUAUCUAGAAGAAAAAAAUUUUAUUCAUCGAGAUUUAGCUGCUAGAAAUAUUCUUAUGUCACAUGCAUUAUCGGUUAAAAUAGCAGAUUUUGGAUUAGCUCGUUUAGUUCGUGAAGACGAAUAUGAAGCCAGAGCUGGAGCACGUUUCCCUAUCAAGUGGACGGCACCUGAAGCAGCAAAUUUUAAUAGAUUUACAAUAAAAUCAGACAUUUGGAGUUUUGGAAUUUUGUUAACAGAACUUGUAACAUAUGGACGAAUGCCAUAUCCUGUUUAUUCACAAAUUUUUCUCACUCAUUCAUUGUAUGUAGAAAACGGUUACCGCAUGCCUUGUCCACCAAAUUGUCCACCUCAAUUGUAUGAAAUAAUGUUGCAAUGCUGGCAUAAAGAACCGGAAAGGCGACCAACGUUCGAAACACUGCAGUGGAAAUUAGAAGAUCUUUUUUCUGCUGAUCCAACUGAAUAUAAAGAAGCUUUACUCACCUAUUAA